AUGAACCUAAAUUAUUCAGAAUUCAAAUUUCCAUGCAUUAAAGGUCACCCUUGGCAUAAGUUUUUUGCAAAUUCUGUACCCCCCGAGGUAAUUGAUCUUGUGUCAACACUACUUCAAUACUCACCUAAUUUGUGUCUUACAGCGUUGGAGGUCUGCUCUCAUCCAUUCUUUGAUGAAUUGAGAGAUCCUAACACAUGUUUGCUUAGUGGCAAACCUCUUCCUCCUUUAUUCAACUUCACAUCUAAAGAGCUUGAAAGCGCUUCUCCUAAACUAGUUCGACGCCUCCUACCCGAGCAUUGAACUAAACUCGGGGUCAAGAAGUUUAGGCCGAGUUUGGUAGAGAGCUUCUUUUCCAGUUUUCCUGAUGUGGUCAAUGGUUGGAAUUCAAGACGAUAAACAAGAAGCAUUUCAGUUUUAAGGCUGCAGUGUGUGCUUGAAGUGCAAGAUUUUGCGGAGACUUGAAGAGACAGGGAAAGAGAAAGGAUUCCU